AUGCCACCAAAACACUACUACCAAUCCGAGAGAUUGAUAGGAUGGGGUCUGCUGAAAGAAAACUUCCACAACUCUCGAAAAAAAAAGAUCCUGACCGCGGAAAGAGUCCGCUUCGAGGAAUAUGGGUAUACGUUCAGCUCGACUUUGACCUGGGUAUUCGGCGAGAGAAGGCAUUCCAGUCACUCCUUGGGCAGGGAAUUUUCUGCACCGAUGGAGCACAAUGGGAGCAUUGAUGCAGUCUGUUGCGACCAAGCUUUACGCGAUCUUAGGUCGCAGAUUUUGAUUUACUUGAGAGACAUGUCAGAAAACUUCUCCGUCUUAUUCCUCACGAUUAAUCGGUGCCGGGCUUUUGUCGACACCUUCGACUAUGCACAACGUGGCCUGAUCGAUCGAACACCAUACGGGGCCUUCUUGCCUCUCUACCGAAAUAAGCACUUUGAUACAAGCGUACGGAUAUGUCACCAAUGGAUGGACAACUUUGUUCACAAAAAUCUUGAGUAUCGUGCGCAAGCUAGACAUGGAAAACAAUCUGACGGAUAUAACGUGCUUGAGGAAUUAUCUCGGAAAUCCAGAAGUGCAAAGGACCUUCGUGAUCAGUUACUCUGUGUGCUAUUAGCGGGCAGGGACACAACUGCUGGUCUGAUAAGCAACGUUUUCUAUUUUCUGGCAUGUCACAAAAGCGUUUCGCAACAUUUACAAAGCGAAGUCGCGUCGCUCCAAGGCUGUCCACCUUCCUUAGAAGAGAUCAAACAAAUGAAGUAUCUCUCAAAUGUCAUGAAUGAAUGCCUCCGAUUAUACCCACUCGAGCAUUCCAACGUGCGAAUUGCGAACAUAGACACGAUUCUUCCUGUUGGUGGUGGUCCUGGCAGCGAAUCACCUCCCUUGAUCGGGAAAGGUCAGAUAGUUAUGUAUAAUGUCUACUCUAUGCAUCGACGAAAGGAAAUUUACGGUCUAGACGCAGACUACUUUCGGCCUGAGCGCUGGGAAAAACCUCGUUUGGGUUGGGUCUUUCUACCAUUUAACAGGGGUCCCCGUAUAUGCAUUGGACUGGAAUUGGAGCUGCAAAUGAUCGAGAGUAGAAGAUUGGAGCGUAGGCCCUUGGCCUGCAAGGCAUACGAUGUGGAAAUUCUUAGAGACAUUCUCCGGUCUUUCGAAGUCGGACGUCAUCCCAACAACGAGAGUUGGCUGUUGUAUCGUGGCAAGUGCAUCCUGGACGGAUUCACCCGUAGACCGGCCAUGUCCAACAUCAUGUGUGUCCAUUUUCCUCGUGAGCACAAUAUAACAAUUUGCAUCAAAUUGACGGGCCAAGAAGUCUCUAUUUUUGCGUGUUUGAUGGCACCUGUAAUAUUGUCUCCGACGACCACCCGAUAUCGCUAUUUUGCUUCGAAGAGUCAACAAGGCGCACACUCCGGCCGCCCUGAGACCUUGAAUUGGUGGCCUGAAGUCGCCUUGGAAAGCCCAGUCAAGGUCAUGCAUACCGCCCAUGGAGAGUCUGACUGCCAUACAGACUUGUCGCACACCGAGACUUUCGAGAACCAUAGAAUGGAUUUAGAAGCCAGAUUAGUCAAAGACAUUUACAGACACAUAGCAAAGGAAAAAAGGUCUCCCUACCUGACAUCAUCACGAAUCGUAGUCAAUGGGAAUGUUGGUCCUCUAGCACUCCCGCAAAAGUUUACGCGGACUCGCGCUUCCGAAGGGACUGCCAAUUGUGUCCAUACAGAUGACGAAGAACCGUCGAACAUCAAAUGCCUGGCCCUCCCUCCCCAACAGAGAAAUGCUGCCCCAGGCCCUAUAUGCCAUUGGCACAUUUUGAAGAAUGACUCUGGCCUCGAGCUGUUGAGAGAGGUUCGAGUCAGGGUUUCGCUCAUGUGUAUGAAGCCCUCUCUGGGACCCAUGAUCAUUGGCAUUCAGGGUUGA